CUCCCCGGCUCUCACCCAUUUGCUGUCUCCAGCUUUCCUGCCGCCUUCCUGCAGAGGCUGGACAGUGGUUCAUCAGCCAGCACCCUGGACUCCUCACCUCCAUAACCCCAUGGCAUUGGCCCCAAGACAGUGGCUUCUAGAACCACCAGCCCCUUCCUCUUCUAGCCCUUACUGUGGAGUUUGCAGCUGACUCUGAUUCUCAGUAUUCUGUCUGGCGAUGUACCAAGGCUCCUCUCCCCUGGGAGCCAGCUCCAUAACUUGAUUUUCCCCGAACGUGUCACAAUCCCCACUGACCCCCCUUGCCAGCUACACAGGCCACCCAGGGUCUAGUUUGGGCAUGAGUGUAGAGGACGGGGGUGUGCCGGGCCUGGGCCAUCCCAGGCAGGCCCGCUGGACCCUGAUGCUACUCCUGUCCACUGCCAUGUACGGUGCCCAUGCCCCAUUGCUGGCACUGUGCCACGUGGAUGGCCGUGUGCCCUUCCGGCCGUCUUCGGCUGUAUUGCUGACUGAACUGACCAAGCUGCUGCUGUGCGCCUUCUCCCUCCUGGUGGGCUGGCAAGCAUGGCCCCAGCAGACCCCACCCUGGCGCCAGGCCGCCCCGUUCGCACUAUCAGCCCUGCUUUACGGCGCCAGCAACAACCUGGUUAUCUACCUUCAACGUUACAUGGACCCCAGCACCUACCAGGUGCUGAGCAAUCUCAAGAUUGGAAGCACAGCCCUGUUCUACUGCCUCUGCCUCCGACACCGCCUCUCUGUGCGCCAGGGCUUAGCACUGCUACUGCUCAUGGCAGCAGGAGCCUGCUAUGCAGCUGGCGGCCUGCAGGACCCUGGGAACACCCUUCCUGGGCCCCCUUCCGCAGCUGCCGCAGGCCCCAUGCCCCUGCAUAUCAGUCCACUGGGACUGCUGCUUCUCAUCCUGUACUGCCUCAUCUCAGGCUUGUCUUCCGUGUACACAGAGCUGCUCAUGAAGCGACAGCGGCUGCCCCUGGCACUUCAGAACCUCUUCCUCUACACUUUCGGUGUGCUCCUGAACCUGGGUCUGCAUGCAGGUGGCGGCCCCGGCCCAGGCCUCCUGGAGGGUUUCUCAGGAUGGGCAGCACUCGUAGUGCUGAGCCAGGCGCUAAACGGGCUGCUCAUGUCAGCUGUCAUGAAGCACGGCAGCAGCAUCACACGCCUCUUCGUUGUGUCCUGCUCACUAGUGGUCAACGCUGUGCUCUCAGCAGCCCUGCUGCAGCUUCAGCUCACAGCUGCCUUCUUCCUGGCCACGCUGCUCAUUGGCCUGGCUGUGCGCCUGUACUAUGGCAGUCGCUAGCCCCUCACCACCUCCACCCUGAUUCCUGACCUGUAGAUCGGGCGCCACCAUCAGAGCCACCUCCCAGUGCUGACCCCUCCCCUCAGCAGCCCUGUAACAAGUGCCUUGCGAGAAAAGCUGGGAAAGUGCGAGCAGUCAUGUCAGUCUCUGGAGGUAGGUGGAUGGAGGGUUGAGCCUGGGAGACUUGAAGCCUGGGU